AUGACGACGUAUCCCGGCACCAAGGUCCUCCUCCAAGCUGCCAGGGAACACGUCGCUGGCGAGCUGCGGGACGGCAACACUGACAACAUGUUCAGAGCCGCGGCGGAUAUUUUCGAGGCCAAGUUCGAAAUGGCGUUCGACAGCGCAGAGGCGUGGCUGCAGACAGGGAACGGCGGAGCGGCCCACGACCGCAAGAGCAUGGGGGAGGCCAUUAACCACGUGAGGACUUUUGCGUGCGAGCUCAUGCAGUUUGUCACCAAGUGGUCCACCUCUUCGAUCCAGCGUCGCGCCGGGCAGGUGAUGGAGCUCCUCGGGACUUGCAUGGAGAUCGUCUUGUUGGCCACGCAUUGCGGCAUGGAGGUUGCGGAUCGGGAGAUCGCCGCGGCGUGCGCUGCCGCACGCGCGGAGAGGGGCGUCUUCGUCGGCGGCGAGGCUACUGAGCUUGUGGAGGUCCCAACUGGUGAAGGGUCAGUGCCAACGUUGGGGCUCCCUGCUUUGCCGACCGAGCUCCCCUCGGCAGACGGCAUGGCGCUGCCGGUCGACGCCGAGCCUCGGCCCCAGACGUGCGACGUGCUCGCGGCCAUCGGCAAGGCCGCGCCUGCUUCGGCUAGCACGUUUGAGGAGAUCGCCUCGGUGGCCGAGAUCCUCGGCAGGGUGCGUCGCCACCUCGAGUCGAGGCUGGGGGGCGCGGGGGCCGGGGUCCUUGAGGAGAGGCUUCAUGACGCACGCGUACUCGGAGAUAUAUCGUCGUGCCAGAAGUGGACGUCCACCGCCUUCACGUACAUCGGCGCUGGCAUUAAGCUGUUCAGGAAGCAGGCCCCGACAAUUGUCAACGGCGUUGUCGACGACGUCGUCCUGGAGUCGCCCUACUACCAUUGCCUGGCGACGUUUUGCAAUUUGCACGUGUCCAUGGGGGGCGGGCCGCGCGCGCUGCCAGCGCCAACUUGCGGAUCCAUGCUCGAGUCCUCGUCUGUGAUUGCUGCGACCACGUCUGUGCUGAACGACUUCGUGGCGUCGUUCGGCCAGGACCUCCACGGGGCGCGCGCGCAGCAAUGCAUGGAGCUCUGGGUCGCAGUGGUGACCGAUUUCACCUUCGCGGUCAACCCCAUGCACCCAGAGAGCUUGAUGGCGAUGAAGUUGUCAGAAGUUGUGCCGCUUAUCAUCCCCGAGUCCAAAUUUGCGCUUCUCGAGGGCCCCCUGAGCGCGCUCUCCAGCGACGACGACUUCGGCAAGGUGCUCGGCCAGCAACCUUUCAAGAAGUGCCUGGGCGUGGUCGAGGCGUUUGUCGAGAAGAUCGGGGAGUCCACCUUGGUCGUGCCAUGUUGUCGGCACGUCGGUGUGGAAACGGCCUCGCCCAUCAAGGCUGAUUGGGGCGUGCAUGCGUUGAAGGUGCUCUCAGCGGCUCGGGGCGCUAUCCUGGCGCUCUCCGCGAUGCAGAAGCACUUGAUCGUGCCCGCCGAGAGCGUGGGCGCGGUGCAGAUGCCCGAGGCCGCCUUCUUCGGCGUCCUGACCUCUGCGCCUGCCCAGUUGGCCGCUGAGCUCGAGGUGUUGGGCAUCUUGCUGGAGUCUGAGAUCUCGUUGGAGUUCGAGAAGGUAGGCCUGCAGAUCGUUUUCCCCUUGCCGUUGCUUCGCCAGUGGACGGAGUCGAUGGGCCUCUUCGCGGCCCGCUGUAACGAGUUGCUUCUCCAGUGUUGGGCGGGCAUCGUCGAGCGGGCCACGGAAACGCUCGAGGCGGCCUGCCCGACGUGGCAGGCGUGCUUCGACGCGCAGGGCUUCAACGAGGUGGUCUCCGAGAAGACGGUGGUGGGCAAGUCGGGCCCGGUUGUGAAGGCGCACAAGAACCUGCACGACCUCUUGUCCAAACUUGCGUCGUCGGGGAGGACCUUGCGAGUGUCCCCGGCUUUGAAGGAUCACCCAGUCACGGCGGCUUCAAUUUCGACCGCCAUCAAGACCAUGAGCUUGGCCCACACAGCAAACUUCAUCAUCAAGGGGGCCACGAUCACCCACGCCUAUAAGAACCACGAGGACGGCCCAGACGUGGCGAAGGAUUUCUUGAAGAACCACGCGAGCUACAAGGGGGACCCGAGCGCGGUGGCGGAUUCCUUCGGCUUUCUGGGAUGCGCUCGCAGACUUAUCGCUUCACGCGGCGGGCCCCCCCGCGCACAAGAAAGCGAAGACGCCCGUCAAGUCAGAGGGCGCUGGGGGUGCAGGCGCCGUGAAGGCGGAGAUCGCCUCUUCCGAGGGGCUGCCUUCCAUCGUCCAGCCUUCGCCAGGCGCUGCUUCAUCGGUCUCUGA